GUCAUCACGCUGCUGCGCAUGCGUUCUCUUGCUGCGGGAAACCCAACUUGUAAUUUUCGUUCUGUUGUGCUGCUGCUGUGGUUCACUGUGAGGUUCUGGCAUGAAAUCAGCUUUUAACUGAUUCAGGUGACCUCCUGACAUCAUGGAGUCUGAGGGGGCGGAGUCUUCAGUCCCAGCGCCGGUCGAGGUGUUCAGCUCGAUCCGUGAGCGCACGAUAGCGGAGAACAGCAUGGUGGUUCUGCUGCAGGGCCUUCAGGGGGAGGUGACCACGGUGGACCUGAGGAACGAGAGCACGGCUCGGGGACGGGUCAUCAGCGUGGACGCCUUCAUGAACAUCCGUCUGGCCGACGUCCUGUACCGGGACCGGCGGGACCAGCUGACCCGGCUGCAGGACCUGUUCGUCACCGGCAGGAACGUCCGCUACGUGCACAUCCCCGACCACGUGGACAUCAUGAAGACCAUCCAGAACCAGCUCAGCAAGAUCCACCGAGUCCGAAACUUCGCCAGCGAAGGUGGAGGCAGGAAAGAGUUCCCAAAGAAAACUAAGUAAGGUUUAAUGAAGUUCUGAAAAAGUCCAUUAAAAAGUGAUAAAUGUGGACCCACCUCUGUGGACUUCAAGGAGCUGGAAUGUUCUGAGACUGGAAGCAGGAAAGGAGAACGUCCCCUGGAGAAAGUUCUAGAGUAGACCUACUGACACCUGUCCAGCUGUCGGUAGGUCUAUUCUAGAACUUUCUACAGAGGAAGUUCUCUUCUACGGACUUCAAGGACCUGGAACUCUGGAAACAUUCCCAGUUUGAAGGUAGAACUCUGAUCCAGGAUGCUGCUGGGAAGGAUUCAGAAAACCAAAGCACUUAAAGACAAAGACUCUUGUUUGUUUUCUCAGAUUUUAGGACCACAGAUUGACUCUCAGGAUAAGAAUGUUUUCCUGGUUUGUGGACAUUUUGAACUGUUCUGGAAUCCUUUGAGUGAGUUUUUGUUUGAACAGUUCUCUCUGUCACUGAUUUAUUUUCAGAGGUCAGACGCUGAAAAAGUUGUUCUAAUUUCAAAAACGUGUGCGUGUCGAUCUGUGUCCGUUCAGACCGAGUUCUUUGGGAUGUUUUUGCAGCAUCUUUGAACCUUUCAGGGUAGUUUUGGCUUUUUUUUGGGGAUGAUUUUGUUUCUUUUCGUGGUCAUUUUGGACAUUUUGUAGUAAUUUUUUUAGUUGUUUUAUCUGCUGUCCAUUGAAAAGUGAUAAAUCUCGAUUCUAAAAAUGGAGGUGCAGUUUUUAAGUUAAAGCAUUUUAGAUUUUUUGACAUGAACAUACCAUAAAUGAUGCUGAAACAGAGUUCUUUUCAUUAUUAUUUAAUCUCAUUUUCUUGUCUCUAAAACAGUCCAAAGUUGUGAAAAAUGUUUGUUAUAUUUUCACAGUAUCACAAGAAACUUAUUUGUCUGUUUUUUAAUCCAAACAUCCAUGAAGAGGCUGAAUUCACAGCGAUGUUAAACAGAAAUAAAGCAGAUACUCCACUUAAAGCUGGAACAUGAGUGUAAUUCAUAUUUUAAGUUGAAACGUGACCAGAAUGACUCUUCGAUUGUUUUAAUACCUGCAGAUCGAUCCUUAAGCCAACCAGCUGUGAUGAAGAUAUUUUCUGAGGAAUAAACUUUUUCUGUUGGACAAACUCAA